UAGCUUGGUUUAUUAUUGACGUGAAACGCCAGAACGGCGUCGAAUUCCUCUCUUUCGGAUUGCAGUCAUUUCCAGUCUAAUGUUUCCUUAUCAUUACAUUAAUAUAAACUGGAAUUCGGUUAUCCUGUCCUAGAGAUUAACUGAGUAAUGGAGAUGGGUUUCUUUUCAAUCAUCAUCAGUGCAGUCCUCCUUGCUGCUAGUAUUCAGGGCCAGAUGCAAAACACUUUCGUCCAGGAGCUGGCUGGCCAGAACUUGGACUUUGCCACAGGGCUGUACCGCAAAAUCGCCAGUGGCAGUGAUGACAAUGUGGUUGUCUCCCCUUUGUCGGCAACCCUGGGCCUGGCCUCCUUGGCAGAGGGAGCCAUGGAGGGCACACGCAAACAGCUGCUUCAGAUCCUAGGCCUGACCUCCAUGGAGCGGGACAGCGAGCCACACCGCAUCCCCAUGCUGCUCCAGCAGCUACGGGAGGAGGUAGCCCAGCGCCUGGCCACAGGCCUUUUGAUCAGCCAGCAGGUGCAGACCAGCUCCAGCUUCGGCAGCCAGGUGAAGAAGUUCUAUGGCACAGAUGUGCGCGGAGUUGAUUUCACCAAUGCUCAGGCUGCUAAAAGGGACAUCAAUGAAUAUGUGUCAGGUGUCACUGGGAGCAAGGUCAGAGAGGUAGUCAACACCGUGGAUCCUCAGAACCAGCUCAUGCUUAUCAAUGUGGCAUACUUUACAGGACAGUGGAAGUUUCCAUUCAAUGCCAACUUCACUCAGGAAGAGCGAUUCUAUGUUGAUAAGUACCACAUUGUCUUGGCACCUAUGAUGAUCCACUCAGGCAAGCACUAUCUGGCCUAUGACCCAGAGCUGAAAGUGGGCAUCCUGAAGCUACCCUGCACAGACAACACAGCUAUGCUACUCCUUCUGCCAGAUGAAGAUGUCGAUUACACCUUUAUUGAUGAGGCUUUGACAAGGGAAGUAUUCCUCAGAUGGGUUUCUAAGCUGAAGAAAACGAAGUUAGAGGUUCAGUUGCCCAGAUUCUCUGUGGAGCGGUCUUUCUCUUUGAAGCAGAGCCUGCCCAGUCUGGGCAUUACCACCAUCUUUGAGAGCAGUGCGGAUCUGUCUGGCAUCAGUGAAAGCCCCAACCUGAAAGUCACUGAGGCAGUGCACAAGGCCUUGGUGGUUGUGGAUGAGAGAGGGGACUCAGAUGCCCUGUCCUUCAACAGCCUGUUUGCAGACCCUCUUCCUCCGAGGCUCACUUUCAAUCGGCCCUUCCUCUUCCUUGUCUACCACGAGGACACAAAAAACCUACUGCACAUGGGCCGGGUGGUGGACCCCACUAAGAAGUAGACCCAUUAUGAGAAAUUAGUAUAGUGCUGCUUGUGUUUUGUCAUCCAAGAUAGCUACAGCUUGACAUAAUAUAGGAGUAUUGUGUUGUCUAAAACAUAUUCAGUGCAUUAGGGCUAGAAUAAUUUGAAACACACCGUAAAAAAAGGGAAUUUUUUUUUUUUAAUUGUAAAAUAAUUCUGCUAAUGCUGUAAUAUUUAAACACUUAACUGCAUGCUGUUUUAAUGAUAAUUGGUUGUCCCUCAAUUCCUGUAAUUCCCCUAGCAUAACUAUGUUUAAGGAUCUGGUUCACUUGUAUUAUACAUGCGCCUAUACCACAAAGUUAUUCAAAGGUUUACAAGUAUUUGUACAAAAUGUCUUCAAAAAGUGACAUGUUCAACAUGAGCUUUAUUGAUUGGGUUCUGAAGGGUUGGCAUGAAUCACUCAGGUGCUAAGAUGCACCAGGCACAAACUCUUUGAUGGGACAGAGAGUCCCAGCACUCUUAAAGAUGGCGCUCAAUUCAUAAAAAUACAUACUGCAUCUUUUUUUUCACAGCUGGUUGGAAAAUAUAAAACGAAGAUUUUGCAAAGCAUGCUAUAAUACAAGAAACAAAAAAAUUGAACCAAUAAAUUAAAUACAUCACUCUG